AUGCUGGCAAAUCAGAAAAUGAUUGUUGAGACGAUGCAGGCUUGCCACAAACAGACUCACUCAGUUCUGACGCUGCUGACGAAGACGUGCGCGCGACUGGGUCUCGACGAUGUUUCCACGGAGUGUCAGCAAAUGGGUGAUACCUUCAAGGACACCAACUCAAUGUUUGCCACGCUGAACGAAGCGUCUUCGUCGGACUUGUCACAGGUUUUGAAAGAUCUAAAGAGCUUCGCCUCGGACGCGGCCUCGGCAGAGGCCCAAAGCCAGGAGGAGCGGUUGAAGGCUGCCUCGGCCAAAGCCGAGGCGGAUUUGCGGGACCAGUUCAAGAAGCUUGAGACGAGGGUCCUGUCAGAUUUGACGGACGGAAGCAGUGCUGAUGCGUCCGGAGGCCGAUUGGGCUCCGCCAAGGCAUCAGACAGUCAACUGUUGAAGAAGUUGACCAACAGGAUUUCGGAUUUUGAGUCACAAGUCGCCUCUCAGAUCCAGACGUUGACCCAAGACGUGGACAAGAAGGUGUCCUUCCUGGGCUCCCGCAGGCCCGAGGGCGAGGAGCUCCCCGGCGUGGAGAGCAUCGCCCGCGACAUUGAUGCUGUGAAGUACGAUGUUGGUGAGCUAAAGGACUUGCUGGCUGGUGCCAAGCGAGACACCGACCACGUGAAGCGAAUUGUGUUGGCGUGUGAGCGAGACAUGGAGGACUUCACAGCCGCCAUGGACGCGGUCAAUGUCGAUUUGGAUGAGAUGCGCGCCAGAGUCGACUCGACCCACUCCAUCAUCACCUCUCGCCAGCGAGUCGAGGCAACGGUCACUGCCGAGAUCUCUACCAUGCGCUUGGAUAUGGGAGACAUGCAGGAGGCACUGAAAGCGCACGACGCCUGGAUGGAGGACGUCUCGCAAAGCCUGCAGGAGGCACACGAGCGCUGCCAGCAAAUUGGUGUCGACAUCAACGAAGUGAGCCAACAGAUGCAGGUCAAGCUGGACGCCAAGACGGACAUAGUGAGCUGGAAUGACAUGAACGAUGACAUUGACGCUUCCAUCAGAACCGUGAGAGACAUGGCUUCCUCACUACGUUUCGAGGUGGACAGCAGACGUCGCAGAGUUGACGAGGACUUGUCGCGGCUCCGGUCCGAGAUCAUGUCGAUGGAUGAGCGGGUAGUGGCCAAGACCAGCGACAUCCAGCGCCAAGCAGAUGAGAAGCAUGCGGCCAUGUCGGGUCGGCUAGAGGAAGGCGUGCAGCACAGACGAGAGCUGGAGGCGACGCUGGGCCGCCACGCAGAAGCGCACAAGCUGAUACAGGGGCAGAUCAAUGGCCAGCGGGACGAGCUGGAGACCCGCAUGAGCAGUCUUGAGUCCUCCAUGAAGAAGCAGGGUGAGGAUCUCCAGAAGUCUGCGCACGACCGGAUGGACGGCAUGGAAAGACAUCAGUCCACCAUGACGAAGGAGAGCGGGAAGCAGCUCAACGCGCUGGACCUGCGCAUGGCCGCACUCCAGGGUGCCAGUGGUGAGUCUAAGCGGGACAUCAACAAGAUCCGAGAUGAGGUCAACAGCUUGACAGUCAAAAGCGCUGCGCACGACGUAGACAUCGCAAAGAACAGCGACGACCUGCGCAAGAUUGAGAGACAGCGGGCAGAUGAGGGCCAGCGGCAGAAGCAGGAGUUUGAUGCAAUCUACGAAGAGCUUGACCAGAAAGUGGCCGAGAAGAGCUUCCAGCGCUUGGAGGACGAUGCAUCGAAGCUGACACGCGGCGUUGUGAAGCUGUGCCAAGUCGUGGGCGUCUUCCCUGGUGCGCGGAUGAACGACGGCACUGAGGAGGAGCUCGAUGUCGACGUCGAGAUGUUGAACUGGGAGGACUGUGCGCAGAACCUCACUGUCCGAGUGGAGAAGACUUGGCGACAGCUGUAUUCACAGAAAUACCGCAGCGUCCUUGACCUGGUCGGCAAGAAGGCAGACCACUCCGUUCUCCGCCUGCUCCAAAUAUCGCAGCAGCACAUCGAAAGCCAGCUCGACCGCGUUCGCCAUGAGAGAGAGCUCCUGAAAGAGGUCGUGGAGAGGAGAGCGCAGCAGCCCCUGCCCUUCCCGAUGCCGAUGAAGGACCCCAACACUGGCAUGCCAAUGUCGCAGGGCUUGCCGGGCCUUCCCUUCAACCCAGCCGGUGGCUUUGCUCAUCCAAUGGCCUUCCCCGGGAUGGUCCCAGAUGCCAGUGCGGCAGCAGAUGCAGAGGCCCCGAAGCCUCCAGCAAAGCGCAUGGCGCGGCCGCCGGCAGCGCAAGGGCAGGUGCCGUCCGUGAAGGCUGCCCCGACUCCGCGAGAGUGA